AUGACGACUCAGACGACAAGACUUGCCAUUGGCGAAUUUCCUCCCCCAAUCGCCAUCUUACCCGUCGCCCAGCCGCACGAGUUCACCAUCGUCUUCCUUCACGGCCGAGGCUUCAACGCCAACAAGUUUCACAGACCAUUACUUGAAACCAAUAUUGGUGCCCUCACAUUUCAAGAAGCACUUCCGCGCACACGAUUUGUCUUUCCCACAGCGCCGCUUUCAAGAGCAACCAAAUACCGCCGUACUUUGAUGCAUCAAUGGUAUGAUGGCACUGGAGAUUGGGAACCCGAGGCACGUGGUGGCAUGCGUCCGAGUGUGGAGUAUAUCCAUGAUCUCAUCCGGAGCGAGAUCGAGAUUGUUGGAGGCGAUGCGAAACGCAUUGUUCUUGCGGGCUUUAGUCAAGGUUGUGCCAUGGCCUUGAUGAGCGGGCUGCUCUGGGAUGGUGACCCUUUGGGAGCCUUUGUAGGAUUGUGUGGUUUCAUGCCUCUGGCUAAUCACCUUUUGAGUAUUUUCGACGGUAACUUGAUGGCAAGUGAAGAAGAUGGCUUCGAAUUCUGUGUAGAUGAGGAGUCACCUGAUCCAGGUGAGAACUCUGAGUCUCUGACCACGCAUCAAGUCAUUCUAGAUCAGCUAUGUGAAGAAGCGGAAUUUCCUCGCCUUCAACCAUCCCCAGGGUUUCAAUUUUCACCAAUCCCCGUUUACCUUGGCCACGGACGUACAGACCCAGAAGUUGAGAUUCGACAUGCUUCACAGGCUGCGUCAGUCUUGGGAAAGAUGAGGAUGGACGUGGAAUUUCAUGUCUACGAUGGCCUCCACCACUGGUAUUCACCAGAUAUGCUAAUGGAUGUUGUGGAAUUCCUGGAGAAGCAUUUAAAAAUACAGCCAAAUACGACAUGA